AUGAGUUUUCUGCACGGCGGAUGCUUUCUUCACGGCAGGUGGAAGGACUUGGAGAGCAGCAACAUCUACAUUGUCACGAACCCUGAUUCAGACAAUCCGUAUAUAAAGCUCUUGACCAUCGUGAACAAUCCUGCAAAGGAUGACCGACGGGACUUUGAGAUCCGAAGAGUAAGCAACGGAAGUGUACAAAUGGUUCCCAUGAUGCACAAAGACACGCUUGGGAAGGAGACCACCUAUGACCUUUACAUUGACCAAUCCGUUCCAGGUCGAAUCAUUUGGUACAGUCCCACGACAGGCAGACAGCGCACCUGGCAAUUCAUGCUGCAGGAGUGGAACACGACGUUGGUCCAGCUGACGGGGGAAGUUGAAGGCGAUGUCCUUCAGCUGGCCAUGUGGAAGCUCACAGGCGAAGAGAUUUCGAAGGUUUUCAUGCAUCGAAACACAAGCUGGCGGGAUGCCAGGAGGUUGAUGGUGCCCGGCCUCCGCCCGCUCCUCUCAAAAAAGUUAGCAUUCGUGUCACCCCUGGGAGAAGUUCUAGCACCGACGCACAACGAGAGGCCCCUCAGUGAACUUCUGGGAUGUGCGCGUGGUGAGCUAGAGCCAGACGAAGCGUGGAGGCGAUUCCAGUAG